AUGGCCGCGCCCAAGUCGGCGCCCGCGCUCCUCUCCGUCUCCUUCAACCAGGACAGCUCUUGCAUCUCCGUCGGCACACGUAAGGGCUAUGCCAUUGCCAACGCCGAGCCCUUCGGCCGCAUCUAUGCGCGCGACGACGGGCCCACGGCCAUCGUCGAGAUGCUCUUCUGCACGAGCCUCGUCGCGCUCGUGGGCACUGCCGAUUCCAGCCCGCAGAGCUCGCCGCGCCGCCUGCAGAUUGUGAACACCAAGCGGCAAUCGACCAUCUGCGAGCUGCUCUUCCCGACGUCGAUCCUCGCCGUCAAGCUCAACCGGCGGCGGCUCGUCGUCGUGCUCGAGGAGGAAAUCUACAUCUACGACAUUUCGAACAUGAAGCUGCUGCACACGAUUGAGACGAGCCCGAACCCGCAAGCGAUCUGCGCGCUCUCACCCUCGUCCGAGCCGUGCUACCUGGCAUACCCCUCGCCCGUGCCCUCGCCGACGUCGCCCUUCUCAAACACAGCCGGCGCGUCGUCGUCGACUCCCGGCGACGUGCUCAUCUUCGACUUGCUGAGCCUGAGCGUCUCGAACAUCAUCCAGGCGCACAAGGCGCCCAUCUCGUGCCUCGCACUGAACUCGACGGGCACGCUGCUGGCCACAUCGAGCGAGAAGGGCACGGUUAUCCGCGUCUUCUCGGUGCCGGGCGCGCAGAAGCUGUACCAGUUCCGGCGCGGCAGCUAUCCGGCGCGCAUCUACAACAUCAGCUUCAACGCCGUGUCGACGCUGCUCUGCGUGUCCAGCGACACGGAGACGGUGCAUAUCUUCAAGCUGGCGCCGCAAGUCGGUGCCGGCGCGCGGCCGUCGAUUGGCGCGGCGGGCAACGGCUCGAGCCCGACACCGAGCUUCGAGGGCAGCGAGGCGUCGAGUGCGGGCCAGGGCGGGUACGAGGCGUUCAUCAGCGACAAGAAGAAGGGCGGCGGUCUGAGCGGCACGCUCAAGCGGAGAUCGAUGGCCGUCGCGCGCGCCGCCGGCGGCAUGGGCAGCUUCCUCAACUCGCACUGGGAACCAAGUCGCGACUUUGCCUACCUCAAGCUGCCGUCCGCCGGCGUCUCGUCCGUCGUCGCGGUCUCCAGCACCACGCCGCAGGUCCUCGUCGCAACCAGCGAGGGCUUCUUCUACUCGUACAACAUCGACCUCGAGAGUGGCGGCGAGUGCACGCUCACACGACAAUUCUCCCUGCUCGAAGGCGAAGACUCGUCCAACGGCGCGGCGUCGACGAUGGACUAG